GGCGUCGAACCUGUGUUUACUUCCGGAUUUCCUGUAUAUGGCAGAGCUUGCAAACAGCCGCUCCACUUGCCCUACGAGCUCCGCGAGAGCCCCGUGGCCCGAUCCGACCCGAGACCGUGUCCGGUGGAGCGCGAUGCUUCGGUGACCGGAGAGCCGCCACACAGCGGGCAGAUUACCGUCAGCGCAGCUUCACACGGAGAGGCUCCUUCUGCCACCCUUCGCCAAACGUCAAAGUCAAUGCGGUCCUCGCUCUCAGCGCCGGAGCUCAUCCGCCUCUCACGCGCCGAACAUUAACGCGCUUCCGUUCGCCGAACACGAGAACCGGAGAUUAAACACAACCGAGAGCCGAGCCACACUCCCAGUUACCGGGAUACAGCGACGGGGACAGGAUCUGUCUCUUUCAUCAUCAUGGACUGGUUCAUGGGGAAGGGCAAGGGGAAGCCCAAUGGAAAGAAGCCGCCCGCCGAGGAGAAGAAGCUUUACCUGGAGGCAGAAUACACCAAAGUAAGAGUCGUCGACUUCGACCUCAAGGAGCUGGUGGUCUUGCCCAGAGAGAUCGACCUGAACGAAUGGCUCGCGUGCAACACCACGACGUUCUUCAACCUCAUCAACCUGCAGUACAGCACGAUCUCUGAGUUCUGCACCGGAGACACGUGUCCGGCCAUGACCGCCUGCAGCACGACGUACUUCUGGUAUGAUGAGAAAGGGAAGAAGACGAAGUGCACAGCGCCGCAGUACGUGGAUUUCGUCAUGAGUUCAGUUCAGAAGCUGGUGACCGACGAGGACAUCUUUCCCACCAAAUACGGUAAAGAGUUCCCCAACACCUUCGACUCGCUGGUGAAGAAAAUCUGCAGGUAUCUCUUCCACGUUCUGGCCCACAUCUACUGGUCCCACUACAAGGAGACGGUGGCCAUGGACCUGCACGGACACCUAAACACACUCUACACACACUUCGUGGUAUUUAUAAGGGAAUUCAAUCUGAUGGACCCCAAGGAGACGUUGAUAAUGGAGGACCUGACGGAGGCGCUGUGCACGCCGCUGCCCCCUCAGCCACAGAACCACGUGACGGAGAGAUGAGUCCGGCCAAGGACUGCUGGGACUCACAGACCUGAACACUGCUCUUUAGGACCCAGUCGGGAG